GUGUGAGCUGCCACUCUUUGUCCCCAGCCCAUGAUUUCAGAGCUGGCUGGAUCCAAAGAGGUGAAGUGUCACUUCUCAGCCCCAGGCAGGGCAAAUAAAACAGACAAAAUCAGCCUUUCUGUUCCUACUCAGCUCAGCAAGAUCUCGAGGAUCUUCCAUCCCGCCGCUUACACGUAGUGUUUUCGGGAACAAGAAUCGAAACUUUUCCCAAAUGAAGAGAACUCAUCUGUUUGUUGUGGGGGUCUGUUUGCUGUCCUCUUGCAGGGCAGAAGAGGGGCUGAACUUCCCCACGUAUGAUGGGAAGGACCGAGUGGUGAGUCUUUCUGAGAAGAACUUCAAGCAGGUUUUGAAGAAAUACGACCUGCUCUGCCUGUACUACCACGAGCCAGUGUCUUCAGAUAAAGUUGCGCAAAAGCAGUUUCAACUGAAAGAAAUUGUCCUCGAGCUUGUGGCCCAAAUCCUGGAACAUAAAGAUAUAGGCUUUGCCAUGGUGGAUUCCAAGAAAGAAGCCAGGCUUGCCAAGAAACUGGGUUUUAAUGAAGAAGGAAGCCUGUACAUCCUUAAGGGCGACCGCACAGUCGAGUUUGACGGCGAGUUUGCCGCUGACGUUCUGGUGGAGUUUCUCCUGGAUCUAAUUGAAGACCCAGUGGAGAUUCUUAACACCAAACUGGAAGUCCAAGCCUUUGAACGCAUUGAGGACCAGAUCAAGCUCAUCGGCUUUUUCAAGAGUGAGGACUCCGAAUAUUACAAGGCUUUUGAAGAGGCAUCUGAACACUUCCAGCCUUACAUCAAAUUUUUUGCCACCUUUGACAAAGGGGUGGCAAAGAAAUUGUCCUUGAAGAUGAAUGAGGUUGACUUCUAUGAGCCAUUUAUGGACGAGCCUGUUGUCAUCCCUGACAAGCCUUACACAGAAGAGGAGAUCGUGGAGUUUGUGAAGGAGCAUCAAAGACCUACUCUACGUCGCCUGCGCCCAGAAGAUAUGUUUGAAACAUGGGAAGAUGAUAUGAAUGGGAUCCACAUUGUGGCGUUUGCAGAGAAGAGUGACCCAGAUGGCUACGAGUUCCUGGAGAUCCUGAAACAAGUGGCCCGGGACAACACUAACAACCCUGACCUGAGCAUACUGUGGAUUGACCCCGAUGACUUUCCUCUGCUCGUUGCCUAUUGGGAGAAGACCUUCAAGAUUGACCUGUUCCGUCCACAGAUUGGAGUGGUGAAUGUGACAGAUGCUGACAGCAUCUGGAUGGACAUUCCGGAUGAUGAUGACCUGCCUACAGCCGAGGAGCUGGAAGACUGGAUUGAGGAUGUGCUUUCCGGAAAGAUAAACACGGAAGACGAUGACAAUGAAGAUGAAGAUGAUGACGAUGAUGAAGAUGACGAGGAUGAUGACAAUUCUGAUGAAGACGAUCACGAUGACAGUGACGAUGAUGACGAAUAG